CUGAGUACGCUUCCUUUUUGUCGUUGAAGCAAAGAAAAAUUGUCAUCUUCUCUGUUCAUCUCUUUACCACGGUGAUACUUUUUAUCCGAGAUCCAAUCAUGGAGCGAUUUUUAUGAGGAAAGCGAGGAUUCAAUCUCUUUGUCUCAGCUAACCUUAAAAUACUUAAGUGAUUCAAAGAUUGGAGACUAAUCUGUAGCUUGAAACAUGCAACCAGCAAUGAAAGCAGAGGAUGAUGAAUCAGUGAGGAUGAAUGGAAUUGUGUGUUCAAGAUGGAUCGUCUCAAAUAAUAUACAGUCGUAAUGAAACAAAAACUCGAAAUUUUGAAUCAGAAUUGAGGAUCUCUAAGGUUUUCCAUGUCCUCACAGUUGGUGUAAGUUAUUGUUUAAGUUUCCAUCACAGUUUUGAUUGAUGUAAAGAUUCAUAUUUGUGUGUUUGUCUAAUAUCUCUGUAAAUACAAAUAGAUUGUGUAUGGUGGUUUGUAAAUAAUAUAUAUAUUUUAUUUGAUUUGCAUGAUUUCAAACGUUUUGGAGAACGAAGACCAGACUCCUAUUCGAAAUUUAGACAACACAUUUGUCGACCACACUUCAGAUUACAAAACACAAUGGAUUCUUCAUCAACUCCAAACCGAGUUUCGUUUGACAACAACAAAGAUGUAGAGGACGAAGAAGAACAAGAAUUGACUACUCCAGAUAGUAGAGGCAAACGUAAAGAAUCUCCUACAGCCAAUGAAGCCAAUAAAGCGCCCAUGAUUCUUCCUCCAAGGUCCAAAAUCUGGAACCAUUACACAAGGACGAAGGAUAAGCGUGACAAAUGUAUCUGUCAUUACUGCAAGAAGAAUUUUUGUUGUAAAACAAAAUCGGGAACUAAAAACUUGCUGAAGCAUAUCAGCAUAUGCAAACAGUUCUACUCGUAUUCAGAUGGCCAAAGUUCAACUCAGCAAGUCAUAGAUGAAGAAGGGAAUGUGAUGUCUACAAAAAUCAGCGAAGAAACUUUCAAAGAAGCAACCAAUGAGAUGAUGGUGAUAGGGGAGUUACCAUUAUGUUGGGUAGAAAGUGUGGCUUGGAAACACUUCUAUGAAAUUAGACAAACCUGUGUCAAGGAGGACCUCAACAAGGGAGAUUGUAAAGAUGUACUUGCAGAGGAAGGCUGCUAUGAAAAAGUGGUUUGAAGCAAACAAGCAAAGAGUAUCUCUGACUACUGAUAUUUGGGAGGCUAAAAUAACCCGAGCAAGUUACAUGGUGGUGAAUGCGCAUUACAUUGAUGAGUGUUGGCGAUUGGAGGGAAAAGACUAGAUCCACACCUUGAUCUGAUGUAAUUCUGAAGCUUAUCAUGGGUUCAAACAUGUCAGUGAUCACAAAGGUGGGGGAUAAAGGAAAGAAGAGAGCGGGACCUCCUCAAUACGCUGACUGGAAAGCAAUCGAAAGACUAGGUCGUUUCUUGGUGAUCUUCUACAACUCUACACUAGUUGUGUCUGCGUCAACAUCUCUCAAUGCUCACAAGUGUUACGAGGAGAUUGUGAACAUAGCCACCAACCUUCUGGCGUUAAGUGAAAGCACAGAUCAUGAGCUGAAGGAUAAGGCUGAGGAGAUGUUCAAAAAGUUUGACAAGUACUGGGAUGGGCUGAAGAACAUCAACAAGAUGUUAAUUGUGGCAACAGUUUUUGAUCCAACAAAGAAGAUAGUGCUGGCAAGCUUGUGUUUUGAUGAGCUCUACGGGAAAGACAGUUUGGAAGGGAAAGCAAUAUAUGAUUCGGUGAUUUCUGUUUUGCGCAGUUCAUUUAAAGAGUAUGGUGCAAAAUAUGGGAAGGAAGCCGGUGGGAAAUCUGAUGAAGCUAAAACUAGCAACAGUGGAUCCACUCCUUGUAGUCGAGAACUGAGCAUGAUUGGUACGGAUUUACAUGAUGAUGGUUUAGGUUACAAGCAAAUUGGCCGAAGGUACAAGGAGAUGCUUAAUGAGAUUGGAGUAAAAGAUAAUCGGGAUGAGCUGGAUAUAUACUUGAAAGAAGGAGUUGAGAAUCCGGAUAUGAUGGCUGGUGUAGAGUAUGAUGUGAUCUCGUUUUGGAAGCGAAAUUGUACCAAGUUCCCAAUUUUGUCGCGGAUUGCAAAGGAUGUCCUUGCAAUGCAGGUUUCUUCUGUUGCAUCCGAGAGUGCCUUCAGUACAGGUGGAAGGAUCAUAAGCCCAUCUCGAAGCUGCCUUACUCACUUCAUGAUUGAGGUAUUGAUGUGUACUGAACAAUGGCUUAAGCAAGACAUUUCUUGCGAGUCAAGAGUGCUUACUAAUGCAGAAAUCAUUGAAGACAUUGAAGAACAAGAAAAGAUUAAGAGAGAAUUUGCUAUAUGACACCAAGAGCCUCUUCGUUUCUAAGGAGUAGUACGUUCCACAUCAUGAUUGUCAAGUACUCCUAAGCUAAAGAUUGUUCCAAUGUCUCUCAUUUACUUGUGUGUCUUUCAGUUUACGUUUGUUGUUUCUUUUAAGUCUUCAGUUUCAAAACUUUUAAAUGUUGUUAUUUUCAGUAUUGAUGCGUUUUAGGAUGUUGCUAUUUUCUGUUUUAAAAACCUUUGUAUUCAGUUUCACACAUUCAGUUAUGUGUUUCUUUUGAUU